AUGCUGGACUGCAGCAAAGAAACCUACACUCACGGGGAUCUCUCUGGAACGGCAAUUGCUGUGGAUUCCGUGUACGUCCUUAACCAGAUCAUCAUCUCCGCUGUUAUAGUCACCUGUUUUGUGUGCACAAAGACGAUAGUCGACAACUUACGACGUAGAAAUGCACGAAUCACAGUGGUCAUCGUCGGAGCCGGACCAAUAGGAUUAACCUCCAUGCUGGUCGCUGCCCGUUGUGGGCGUGUCUCCCGGAUAGUCCUUUAUGAAGAAAUGUGUAAAUUGGUGCUCUACAAUAAACCGCACCAGAUAGCUUUCGAUGUGAAAAGUGUGCAUUUUCUUAAAAGACUGGGUGUGGAUUUUGACAACAUUGAGGGUUGCUGGGAUGCAGGAUGUUUCUAUACACGUCUGGGUGUUUUCCAGGAGUAUAUGCUGACCACAGUUCCUAAACUGGGUGUACCGGUGGAUUUGCGAUUAGGAACAAAGAUAGCAUUCUGUGCAUCCAGCCUACGACCUUUCGAGCACAAAGCAGACCGGGAACCCCCAGCAGCCCUUCACGUGUCAUCUAUCAGCAUUAACGUCACGUUACUGACCAGUUAUUUAAUUACCGCCCAGAUAAUUGAUUGGGUUAUUCAACUCACGAAAUGUGAAUCUAGCUGGCCUGAAUCAGUGUGUACCUACCUGUCGACUUACCACCCAAAACCAGACAGACAACAGUUUUGUGUGUGU